GGGAGGAAAUGCUCCGCUUGGCUCUGCUGUGUCGGGGGCUCUGCUCAGUGAGACAGUGAGGCCAGGGCUGGGGGCUCCAGGGAUGGAGCUGCAUUGCCAACCAAGGGACCCUGGAUGUGACAGGUCCCUGGGACUGAGGAAGCCACCAGCAGUGAGUUCCGGGGCUGUCUGUACCAGCCAGGUGGCCUCUCCCACUAAGCUUCCUCCACCCCGACCAGCUGGAGCCUCAGACCCCAGAAGGGGCUGGGCAAGGAAGCUGAGAGGGGGAAAAAGCAGAAGUGAGAACUCAAAGACUGACCCUCCGGGCAGAGGCUCCACUCUGUCCGCUGCUAGGAUCUGGCACGGCUGCAGGUGACCUCCGUGCUGUAGGAAUGACCGUGAGGGACUGGGCCACGUGGCUGCCUCCAGCUCUGCUGCUCCUGCACAUCCCAGGCUGUUUCUCUCUGAGCUGCCCCGACACCGUGACGGGUACUGUGGGGGGCUCCCUGAGUGUGCAGUGUUGGUAUGAGGAGGACUACAGGGCUGCAAAGAAAGUUUGGAGCACAUAUAACUACAAUAUUGUGGAGACGGAAGAAUCAGAAAGAGAGGUGAGAAAUGGCCGAGCCUCCAUCAGGGAUCACCGUGCAAACCUGACCAUUGAAGUGACUUUGGACAGCCUCACGUUUGAGGACACGGGCACAUACUGGUGUGGGAUGGAGAGAUUUAAUGUCGGCAGUACUUACGUGACUGUUAAGGUGUUGGUGUUCCCAGCCACGACCUCAGCGUCCAGUCCCCUGAACUUCACAGGCACAGCUGGUCCCCCUAUGUCCCUGCCAGUGCACACCCAGCCCAGACCCACUGCCCAGGACAGCCCUGGCCCCAGCCCACAGCCUUGGUGCCUGCUGGGCAGCGCCCAGUUCCUGAUCCCAGUGCUCUUGAAGCUGCCGCUGCUCUUCAGUGCUCUGUGUGGCAUCCUCUGGGCCAGCAGGCCUCAGAGAAGCCGGGGGCCGGGCAGCGUCCUCCAGGGCUGGGAUUAUGGCCACAUGCAUUUUAAAGCGAGAAUGCGGGUGCUGUGGAGCAUCUCCUGCCCACCAUCUGGCUUCCAUACCGGAGCAUCAUUAAUAGUUACAAAGCCCCAGACUCCUUGCUGAUCUUAUGAGGGUUCUUUUCUACCCUCCUCUGAGGGAACCGAGUCCUGAAUUUUACGUUUGCCCUCUCCUUGUUUCAAGGGGUUUGCCAUAUAUAAGGAUAUGAAUUUCUACAGGGUGUAUUGUUCAUCUUUGCUUAUUUGUUAACUUUAUAGAAACAGCAGUAUACAUUUUUAUUUCUACAUAAUGUGCUUUUAUCAUUCGACAUUUUAUUUUUGAGAUUUAUAAUAAAUCUCAAAAUUUAUUUUAAAUAAAUGUUGCAGUGUCAUCUUUUUCUAUCACCCUUUAUUUUGUUGUAUGACUGUAGCAUGACUUACAGAUCCGGGCUUCUGUGGCUGAACUUUGGUUUGCUUUCUUUUCUUUCUUUCU